AUGCAUAGUGCCGCAAAGGAAAAAAAAAGUAGAUAUCAAGAACACGAUCAAAAGACGACAGCAACAGCGAAGUUCAAACCCGAUGGAUCGAUGACUUGCACAUCUACAUAUUACGAGAUCUUAGGCAUCCCAUCGGCUCUUCAAAAUGAAACACACAUUCCGGUAGCAACUUUGCGCAGCGCAUACCGACGCGCACUUCUUCGGAACCAUCCAGACAAAUCUUCAGGCCAAGAACUUGGUCCUACAAACAAAACUCAAACCAUUUACACGAUUGAUCAAAUAUCCGUGGCUUUCUCUCAGCUAUCGGACUCCAAACUACGAGCACAAUAUGACAAGGAAUUGCGAUUGCAGAAUCGUUCAAUAAAUGGGGCUGGACAAAAAGAAGGAGAAGUUUUCCGAACGGGGGUCGAAGUAGUGGAUUUAGACGAUUUGAAUGUCGAAGAAGAAGAUGGUAUCUGGUAUAGAAGUUGCAGAUGUGGAGAUGAUCGAGGGUUCUUGAUUCGGGAGCAGGAUCUGGAAGAGGCGGCUGAAGAUGGCGAGAUCAGUGUGGGCUGUAAGGGAUGCAGUCUCUGGCUCAAGGUGCUUUUUGGUGUAAUGGAGGAUCUGCCGGACGAUAAGGUUUCGGGUGCAUAG